AUGCGGGAGAGUGCGGGGAUCACGAGUAGAGAUUUGCUGAGCUUCUUCUUGUUUUGGAUGGCGCAACUACCAGUCAUGUUCAUUCAUCCCACGGUACUUCGACACCUCUUUGUUGUCAAAGCUGUCUAUACAACGAUUGCACUCUUCGGGGUGCUCGCUUGGGUAGUCAGUGCCAAUGGGGGCAAAAUUGGAAGUUUUACGUACACGACCAAGCAGACUCAGCUCUCGGGCUCAGCUCUGAUCUGGCCCAUGAUACAAGCCAUCAAUUCCGUUAUGGGCGCUCUGGCGCCAGUGCUUAUCAAUCAGCCUGAUAUAGCGCGAUACGGACAUUCCUACGGCGAUGUGACAUGGAGCCAGGGCUUCGGUAUUCUUACCAGUAAAGUACUGGUCAUGUUCCUGAGUACCGCAACGACUGCAGCCGCUACACAAGUCCUCGGCCAAAGCUAUUGGAACGUAUGGGAUCUCUACGACGCCAUCUUGGAUCAAUAUUGGACUGCUGGAGCUAGAGCAGGGAUAGUAUUUGCGUCUUUCGGUAUGAUGCUCGCUGUACUUGUCACCAAUGCAGGAAGCAACUCGCUUCCCGUUGGUGCCGAUCUUACAGGAAUCUUCCCUCGAUGGUUGACCAUUGUGCGGGGCCAGGUACUCUGCGCGAUUCUGGCACCCUUACUUGUUCCAUGGAAGAUUAUCGCCUCGGCGACUGCGUUCUUGACGUUCCUCGGAAGUUACACUGUAUUUCUGAUGCCGAUCUGCGCGUGCAUGAUUGUCGACUACUGGCUCGUUCGAAAGGGUAACUUGCAUGUUCCCUCAUUGUACACGACUGCAUCCGAAAGCCCGUACUCGUACUGCAAAGGCUGGAAUAUGCGCAUGCUGGCUGCGUGGACAGCUGGGGUUGCCUUCACGGUCCAUGGCGUCGCGGGGUCUUUGGAUGCUGAUUCUGUCGCCGAGGCUAGCAAGAAUAUGUACAAGCUUGGCUUUCUACUAUCUCUGUUCAUGGGCGGCUUGGUUUAUUACAGCUUGUGCCUCAUCUGGCCGGUGAAAAUGGUGCCUCGAGGGGCAGGGGGAGAGCUGGGGUUUGAAGCGUUGGCAGCGAACGAAGGUUUCUUCGACGACGAGAAUGUAGGAACUAUCACGGGCGUACGGGAAGGCGAAGAAGUGCAUGAGACGCAGCACGGCGCUGCGGAUAGCAAAGGGUUUGUCUGUUAA